AUGCCCGACGGCCCAGCCGGUGGAAAGAUGGACAAGCAAGGUUUGUUUAUGCUUUAUAUCGUUUCAGUGAGAGUCCUUUGGUACCUCAUCGCAGAUACCAGUGAGAGGUGCGAAAAUUGCUGGAGGCGCCAGUCCAAGAAGUCGACAGUGGUGAAAGAAGACGCAGGAACGAGUCUUCGAGCCGGUCACGACAGAAUGGCGAGUUCUCGACGAAGUAAAAAUCAUCCUUCUAGACGGGUUUCGGGCCAUCAUCCAGAAGAAUCCUGA